AAAGUUCGCUGACUCAGCAUUCGGCGAAGCUCGACUUCAGAAUUUCUCGAGAAGCUCGAGAUGAAAGAGCAUAACCUACAAUGUUCGCGGUAAAAGGAUGGAAUGUCGACGCUUCGACGCUGAAGCCACAGACGGAGGUGUUCAAGGGCAAGAAGGCCGCAAGUAAGGAGGCUGCUGCGGCUCAGGAAGAUGGCGACAAGCAGAGCAGAAAGCGCAAGAGAGAGGAAGCAGAAGAGGAGAAGUCUAAGAAGGCGGACGCACAGCUAGGCGAGCAGUGGGAGAAGCACAUCGAAGGGAAGACACCGAAGAAAGCUAAGAAGGGAAAGACUUCGGACAAGACUGGAGACCAAGCGCAGCCUGGCGCAAAAGACAAGUCCAAGGCGAAGGAUGAGGAAAAACCAGGUGCAGAGGUAGACAAGGCAUCGACGGAGGCUGGCACAGAGACUAAGAAGGCGAAGAAGCGCAGUCGGGAUAGGAAGAAGGAAAAGCAGAAUGGCGUGGCCGGCACCUCUGGUCCAGCAACAGCAAAUGGAGCAGCAGUUCCAGCACCACCACCUGCCCUUCCUGCUGGAAUGAAGCUCACGCCCAUGCAAGCUGCUAUGCGUCAAAAACUCAUUUCUGCUCGAUUCCGUCAUCUCAACGAGAAACUCUACACGGAGCCGUCCGCAAAGGCACUCGAAUUGUUCGAUCAGAACCCGGAAAUGUUCGAAGACUAUCACUCCGGAUUCCGUCAGCAAGUAACGACAUGGCCUUCGAAUCCUGUUGACAAUUUCAUCGCCACAAUACGAUCGCGAGGAGCUGUGCGCCUGCCUUCACAGAAAAAAGCUUUCCAGAAGGAUGGGAAGCGGAAGCAUACAGAUGUCGCCGACCGCCUGAAGGCUGAGAGUGAAGGGAGAGUUGCGGCACUUCCACGAACGCAGGGCACAAGUAUCAUCGCAGAUCUUGGCUGUGGUGAUGCGCGUCUUGCGCAGACGCUUACGGAUUCUGGAGACAUGACGAAACUGAAUUUGCGAAUCCUAUCUUACGAUCUGCACUCCCCGAGUCCACUUGUGACAAAGGCAGAUAUUGCGAACUUGCCCGCCGAUGAUGGCAGCGUUGACAUCGCCAUUUUCUGCUUGGCGCUGAUGGGAACCAAUUGGAUCUCGUUCAUUGAAGAAGCAUACAGAAUUCUCCACUGGAAAGGCGAGCUUUGGAUUGCUGAGAUCAAGUCUCGUUUUGGUCGCGUUGGGAAGAGUAAAGUCGUUGAGCACAGCGUGGGCGGGAAGAGGAAGCAAGCUGCUCUGCAGAAGAAGAAAGCAAAAGCUGAUGCCGAGCAAGAGGAGGCUCAUGAGCAGGAAACGCUCGCGGUAGUUGUGGACGGCGCUGAAAAUGCUCCAACAAACCAAGAAACGGACGUAUCGUCUUUCGUUGAAGUGCUUAGACGGCGUGGAUUUAUCCUCAAGAAUGGAGAUAGCUCUAUCGAUUUGAGCAACAAGAUGUUCGUCAAGAUGGAGUUUGUCAAAGGUGCUGCAGCCACGAAGGGCAAGAAUAAGACGGAAGACGAGAAGAAGGUGGAAAAGCCCAGAUUCAAGAAAGCGAAAUUUUUGGAUGAUGAUGCUAAGCAGGAAGAGGACGUGGCGACUGAUGAUGAGGCGAAGACGCUGAAGCCGUGCUUGUACAAGAUUCGGUAGAAGCAAAUACCAAGACUUAUGGACGGCACGAAAUGGCCGGACUGGGUUCGUGUCCUCAAUCUGCGCCCAUUUCUGUGGCAGCAUGUCAAGGCUCGUGCAGUUCAAGGCACAGUUCAACAACCAUAUCCAUAUACUUCACAAUCCUCACCUUGAGUCCGCCCGACUCCCGAAGAAGCGAAAGCUGAUACCAACGAUGGACAGACUUGCUGCCUUCUAUACGCUUUGAUCAAUAGAACUGGCCAUCAACAACAAAUUCUCUGAGCUCGGCCAGUAAAACUAAACCUACGUUCAACCGAAAUACAACGGCUAAAUCAAGGCAUCCGGCUUGCCAACACCAUCGAACAUGGCUACUCUUCGUGGCAGCUACGUGUGCGGAUGAUUGACCUGCGAGCUUCUUGAGGCGCCGAAGGGACUGCCGCACAGAUAUGUGGUUUUAUUGCUAUCCCGUCAUAUGCCAGGCGGUUACAGGCAAUAGUGACAGCCGAUUUAGACCUCACUGUGUCAUUGCCUUCCUUGCCGUAAGAUUUCUGGCUCCACCUACUCGGUCAAUCUUACAGUAGCAGCAUCCAAUUUCGACUUGACAAGUUGUGAACUCAAACAGUUCGGGCCAAGCAUCCAGAGGCAUUCGAAUAUUCUUUGUCGUUCUGCCUGGAGUGUGGAAAGCCGAUGUACGCUCAGGUACAUGCGUCCAAGGGAGCGUCAGCGCUGAGUACUUUAGUGCUUCAAGUGGGGACUUUAGAUGAUGCCGAUCUGCCGGAGGCUACCACUGCUGUGGAGUUGAAUAUCAGACAUCGAGUUCAGUGGUCUGAGCCGAUCCCUGCUGCGAAACAGAGGGAGACUUACGUCUGACAGGCUGCUGUUGUCUUAAUCGUCUGGCGUUAGACGUAGCAAAUUGCAGCAGCAAUGGUCAGCUACAGUCGGGAGAAGUCUGUUUCGGCAUCAACUGCGAUCAUAGCUCGUGUUAGUACUUAUGGGAGGCAAUACAUGGAUCGAGUAACAACAGAGGGCCUUGGUAAAACUUUCCGCCG